UGGUGCAGCGGUCAGCAGGAAUAGAAGCCAUCCAGCUUCACUCUGCGCUGCCUUUCGGCUGCUCUGAUGGCUUUUUCCAGACCGUACUUCGGGGCUUGGUACUCGGUCUCCGAUGGAACGGCUUCUGGGCAGGACGUCCCACGGUUCACUUCCUCCCCGACCGCUGAAGGCUAGAGGGCAGGUCUCUCUUCUCACCGUAUGUCUCUUCAUUCUACUGAGGAAUAGGUUGCGUUGCUGUCUCUCUCUGCGGUCACGUUCAAAAGUCUUGAGGAACUGGACUAUGCUGCAUCUUUCUUAAUUUCUGCAUUUCCUGCUUGAAGACCACUGACACGCCGACAGGAAUAGCUUUCAAAGGACACUAAUCCCCAGGACGUCCCCAGCACCCCCGCCUGCAGCCCCACAUGGCCAUACCCCGGGUACCUCCAGCUAGGGUUACACAUUCCUGCUCAGCGCGGUCCCACGCUGUUACACUAUGCCCAUCAGAUUCACUCUGUGGGACCGAUGUUAGGGAAGGGUGGUCCGUCCAAACAGGUCGUAAUGUUGGGAUGUUCCAAGGAGAAGGACGGGAUGGAAGCCUCCGUCUAAGUGACAGAGCAGCACCACUAAACCUCUCCGAUCGUCAGCGGGAGAAGCAGACCUGACCCCCCAGGUCUACAGCGGACUGUAACCCUGGGCUCAGACUGUAGGGACGGGGUAGAGACCUCCAGCUGACCCCCCAGGUCUACAGCGGACUGUAACCCUGGGCUCAGACUGUAGGGACGGGGUAGAGACCUCCACCUGACCCCCCAGGUCUACAGCGGACUGUAACCCUGGGCUCAGACUGUAGGGACGGGGUAGAGACCUCCAGCUGACCCCCCAGCUCUGCAGCGGACUGUAACCCUGGGCUCAGACUGUAGGGACGGGGUAGAGACCUCCACCUGACCCCCGCCCCUCCGGACCCCCGUCCUGCCCCGGACCCCCCCACCAUGGACCCCCCGGGGGGGCGCUACCUGGACCGGCGCGCGGCGUGCUCGCCCAUCGGGGCGGCCCGGCUCAGCCAGCUGGUGCUGGGCUGUGCGGUGGUCGCCAUGGUGAUCCACAGCGCGGGCUACAGCGGCUCCUACGGCGUGUUCUGCAUGGCCGUGUGGUGCCUCUGCUUCGCCGUCACCACGGUGAUCUUCUUCCUGGACGCUACGCGGCUGUACGGCUGUCUGCCCGUCUCCUGGGGCAACCUCACCGUGGCCUUCGCCGCCCUCGCCACCCUCAUGUACGUGACGGCGUCGGUCGUCUACCCGCUCUACUUCGUCAGCUCUGAGUGCCCGUACGCCGGCUGCGAGGUUCGCAACUUCCGCAUCGCCGUGGCGACCUGCUCCAUGGCGGCCACGCUGGCCUACGGGGCGGAGGUGGUGCUGUCCCGCCGGCCCGGCCAGGCCGCCGCCGCCGGCUACAUGGCCACGCCCCCGGGGGUCCUGAAGGUGGUGCAGGCCUUCGUGGCGUGCGUGAUCUUCGGGGGCGUGGCCAACGGCGGGGGGCUGGCGGGCCGGCCCGGGCUGGUCUGCUGCGUGGCGGUGUGGGCGGGCUGCUUCGGCCUCACCUCGCUGCUGGUGCUGCUGGCGGUGUGUGGCCGCACCGGGGCGCUGCGCUGCCUGCCCUGGGACCGCCUGCUGGGGGCGUACGGCCUGCUGGCCCUGCUGCUCUACCUCAGCGCCUCCGUGGCCUGGCCCGUGCUCUGCUUCGACAGCAAGUACGGCUCGCCCUGGCGCCCAGCGUCCUGCCCGCGGGGGGGCUGCGUCUGGGACAGCCAGCUGGUGGUCUCCGUCCUCUCCUUCCUGAACCUCGGCCUGUACGCCGCCGACCUCCUGUACUCCCAGAGGCCGCCCCCGGGGCCCCGCGCCCCCGGGGCCCCCCGCCCCCGGGUGUAGCCCCCG